UCAGAGUUUUCGGCACAGAAUAAAAACUGACAGCAAUCCUAAAAUUCUGCUAUCAUGUCUUCAAACAAAAAGUGCUUUCAUUUAUCAGAUAAGGACUCUGUCGCCCGUAAAAGAGAAGUCAGAUCUGUUAAAUGGAUUAAAGUUCUUCUGAUAGUUGUUGGUGUUUCUCUUGUUUUUGCUCUGGGUGUCAUCUGUGCUCUCAGUUUACUCUAUGCGGGUAAAUUCGGACUGUCUGACAAAGUUAAAGACUGUCUGUACUCUUGUACUGAGUUCAGUGGUUCAUCUUGUAAGCUUUGUGAAGAGGGCUGGACACCACAUGGUGGAAAGUGUUAUUUCUUCUCUUCUGUAAAUAAGACUUGGUUUGAGGCUCGUGAUUUAUGUGCUGGAUUAAAAGCUCAUCUGGUCACCAUCAACAGCAAAGCUGUACAUGGUUUCCUGGUGUCUAAAAUUAAAGAGACUCACUGGAUCGGUCUUAAUGAUCAGAAGACUGAAGGUCGAUGGGUUUGGUUGAAUGAUCAAACUCUUGAAGAGACCGGAGUAAAACGCUGGAAAGGCAGCUUACGGAUCAACAGCUCAGUAGACUUCUGGUAGCGGCGGAUUUUUCUCAGCGCUACGGUACCGGGCCUGUAACGAUGAGGCUUCUUCACACCGCCGGUGGCUGGGGCGUUCUUACGGGCAGCUUUAGUAGCGAGCUGCUUCCUGGGCGCUUUGCCUCCGGUGGAUUUACGAGCGGUCUGCUUUAUUCUUGCCAUGAUCACAAAGAAAACUUUGCCUUUCGACGCAAAAAUGCAUCUCUGCAGGCUGUUUUUAAAGACAAGUCUGCUAUGAGCUCAGAGGGUGGCGACAGUGUACUGGCAUGUGAUUGGCUAAUAGGUGACGUCAAAGUAUACAGCUGGCCAAUGACUGUGCGUAUCCAGGAAUGUAUCCAUAUUGUACGGAAAUAGAAACAGUGAAGCUGGUACUUCUGAUAUGAAGGCAGUACUCUGAAAAGAGAGAAAAUUUGAAGAAUGUAGCAAAGAACUCUGUAACUUUGAGCAACCUGUUGAGUUUAUCUGGAACACAGUCUAUAAGCAAAGCAGUGCUAGAGUAUCUAAAAGAAACACAACUAGCAAAAGACUUUAGCCCAAUUUAAUUAUUUAUUUAUGUUACUUUUAUACAAAUUUAUUUUUGA